CACCGAAACCUCGACCACGGUAACGUCGAGAGCAUCAUAGAUUCAAGGAUGGGAGGUGACUACGACAUCAACUCUGUCUAGAAAGUCGUCGACUUGGCGCUGCACUGCAAGCGAGAAGUCUCCAGGGAACUGGCACAGAUCGAGGAGAGCAUAGAGCUCGAGGCCCGGUGUGACAGGAAGCGAAACUCGGCUUUGGCCGGUGAUGAUCUGAGCUAUGUCAGCUAGAGAAGUGCAUUUGAGGUAGAAGGAAACGUCGGGAGAUACCCAAAGGUGGUGUGGUGUGUACACAAUGCUUAUCUCGGCUGUCGUCUGAACAUUUCACCGCAUGGAUCUUGAAGCAAAGCAAAACAGUGAAGAAACAGUUGCACUGGACAUUUCCGAAUCUCAAAGCAGCGGCAGACGGCACAGUUAAGCAUUGUGUGCACAACAUAUUGUGGAGUUGCAUUUUCCGAGAGAUAUCAAGGGCCGCUCCUGGUCCUGCAAUGAGAUAGGUUUCAUCUUACUGCUGAAGACCUGAAGUACUAGAGGCUACUCAGGCUGUUAUCAGAAGAUACAAUCUGUAGUGUCAACGUCUACCUUGGCAGUGGUUCAGCAUGGGUUCGGCGAAUUUGGUGAUGAAGAAGGUGGCAAAGCCCGGCUCCUUUGACCCGGAGAUACAAUUUGAUCAAAGUUGGAUGGAGGAUGUUACAUGCCCAAUUUGUCUGGAUUUCCCUCACAAUGCAGUCUUAUUGAGGUGCACCUCUUAUGAGAAGGGUUGUAGACCGUUCAUAUGUGACACUGACCAGACUCGUUCAAACUGUCUCGAGAGGUUUAAAGGUGCUCAUGGACUACCAGCCAAUGUGAAAGUCUCGUCUCUUACUGUGGCUCCCAUUGAUAGCAUUCAUAUCAUUUCAUCUCAUGUAAGUAACCGCCCAGCUUGCCCAUUGUGUAGAGGAGAUGUGAUUGGGUGGUUUGUUAUUGACAAGGCUCGCUUGCAUCUUAACCAAAAGAAAAGAUGCUGUGAAGAGAGUUGCUGCUCAUAUGUUGGUAACUUCCAUGAGCUUCAGAAGCACACCCAACAAAAACAUCCAAAUUCACGCCCUUCGGAAAUUGAUCCUGCUCGCCGGGUUGAUUGGGAUAAUUUGCAGCAGUCCACUGAGAUAAUAGAUGUCUUGAGCACAAUACAUGCACAGGUUCCUAAUAGUAUAGUUUUGGGAGAUUAUGUUAUCGAAUACGGGGAUGAUGAAACUGGAGAUGACUAUGAAGUUUUCCACAGGGUUAGGGGAAACUGGUGGACAUCCUGUCUUUUUUGCAAGGCAUUCUGUAGAUCUCCAGGAGGCCGAAGAAGAGCAAGAACAAGGGAAAGGAGUAAUGGGAGCAGCAACAGCAAUAGAUCUAGUCAUGAAAGUUUUACUUUUGAAGUGCCCACAAGAUCUGUUGACAUAAGAGAACUCAGAUUUGAUGAAAUUGAUGACGAGUAUAUAGUCACAGGGGCCAUGCCUAGAGUUGCAGCAUCCAGGAGAAUGGCCAGUCAUUACAGAGAACCCAGUUUUGGACACCGUCGUUCGCACUCCUAGGAUCAACUGGCAAAAAAACGAAAGGAAAGCCACAUUGAUAUCGGCUGCAGAAACAAUCAGCAUCGGCGUACCUAUGCUCAUUUCUAUGUUUUCUUUUUCUUUUUGGAGAAAAAAUGCUCUCGACCAUCCUGGAAGGUGCCGUCCCAGCCUGAAUUUCUUGUGCAGAUAAGAUAGUAGGAAACCUUUUCUCUGUUGUUGAUUCACAGCAGAUAUCAUCAUUUAGGUUCUUUGGUGUAAAUAUUUAGCUCCUACCUUAUAGCAAUGUUGAUUAAGCUUUCUGUUCGGGAAAGCCUUGUAUCCCGAAAUGCUGCAAUGUAACACAGCAACUUCUACAGGAAAUGCCCGUGAAUUUGUCAACUGUUUAGUUCUC